GUUGUGGAUUUAAACUCCGGCGGGAAGCGUAACUUGUGGUUCUUGUUAGAAGUGUCUCCAAAGUUGUAGUUACUGCUUUUUGUGCACUGAUCAGCAAUAACAUGGUGAGGACGAAGGCAGACAGCGUUCCUGCAACUUACAGAAAAGCUGUGGCUGCCACGGCGCCAAGGAAGUCUUUGGGCGCUUCUAGUUCUGCAAACGCAAGUUGCUCACAAGCGAGCACGCCUGCAAAAAGCAAGUAUGCUGGUGGGAAUCCCGUAUGUCCGCGACCCACCCCGACUUGGCAGAAGGGCAUUGGAGAUUUCUUUGGUGGACCGAGCAGGAAGCCUGAAAAAGAAAACCAGCUGCCUGUAUCAGAUGAUGAGGAGGCUGGAGGCAGUGGUGUGUCCAAGGGGCCCAGGAAACCUCGCCCCUUGCCUGAUGAAGAUGAUGAUGCUGAUGAGGAAUGAGCCUGAACUUUGAGAUUUAAAUUUUUUAUUGUAUGGAAAGCCAUUGGAAGCAGUACUUGAAAUUUGGAAUUACUUUAGUUGUGUACAUCUGUAAAUAAUUUAAGCAGUGUAAUUGUGUUGUACAGUUUAAUAAAAAUGUUUUCCAGUAUGAUUUA